UGCUGCUGCCGUCGCCUGCUGCUGAAGCUGUUGAAAUUCGAGCGCAAAUCGGCAAACGAACUCAGAACGUUGCGGCUGCGCAAACGCAAAGCACGCGCCAACACUUCCAAUUCCAAGCCCAAUUCCAAGCCCAAUUCCAAUUCCAAUUCCAACUCCAAUUUCCAAAAACCGAAACCAGAGCCAAAACGUAUUCCAAUUGCAGCGCGUCAUCUUCCAAGUGCAGUGCGUGUUUUAUUUUUUUCAAGUGUCGCUCGAAAAAUAUUUAAAAUACUAAUUAUUUUACCAUUUUUUUUUACAUUAAUAUUUAAAUAAAAAAAAAACAGUGUGAAAAAUUUCAAAACAGUUUAAAAACUUUGCUGCUUUUCAAGAUGCGCCGACAUUUGUCCGGAGGUCCCACCGUCAAACUGUGGACAAUGCUGAUCGGAUUGACAACAAUAUUGUUGCUCCCCCUGAGCGUCCUGGGUCAUGGACGUCUGAUGGAUCCGCCGGCGAGGAAUGCAAUGUGGCGCUUCGGUUACCCGAAUCCCGUCAACUACAAUGACAACGAGCUCUUCUGCGGCGGCUAUGCGGUCCAAUGGGAGCAAAACAGCGGCCGAUGCGGUGUCUGCGGUGAUGCCUAUCACGUGAAGUCGCCACGACCCCAUGAAGCCGGUGGCGAGUAUGCCAAGGGAAUUAUCUCGCGAUACUAUACGGCCGGACAGGAGAUCGAUGUCGAGGUCGAGCUGACGGCCAAUCAUUAUGGUCGCUUCGAGAUGUAUUUGUGUCCGAACAAUAAUCCGCGACAGGAGGCCACUCAGGAGUGCUUCGAUCGCUAUCCGCUCUUCAUUUCGGGCAGUCGCGAACAUCGUUUCCUCAUCCCGCGGGACACCAAGAAGAAGGACAUUUUCCGCUAUCGUGUGCGUUUGCCUGCCUAUGUGACCUGCACUCAGUGUGUGCUCCAGUGGACUUACUACACGGCCAACAUGUGGGGCACUUGCUCCAAUGGCACCGAGGCUGUUGGUUGUGGCAAGGCGGAGACAUUCCGUAAUUGUGCGGACAUUGCGAUCAUUUCGAAUACGGGAGGCGGGGUGCCGCCCAUUUUCAUCAACAACAAAUCACCAUAUCUGCUUUAUUAUCGCGACUAUCGGGCGCCAGAGGACAACAAUGUGUUCCCACUGAUUGUGCGCAAUGCCACGCGGCAUGCGCGCAAACGCAAACGUCCAACCGCUUAACCGCUUAGCCGCUUACCCGCUAAACAAAGCAAUUUGUGUACCCGCUUACCCGCUACACACGAAACGGGUAAAAGGUCAACAGCAAGCUAUAGAUGUAAAAGAGUAUCGAAAAAGAAAACGCUUAUCGCAACAACAGAAGCAAACGGUUAUGGCUACACACACACAUACACACAUGCAUAUAUAUAUAUAAUACACACACAUGCACAGCUUUGCUUAUACACACACACACACAAAUUGGCACACACACUUUAGCUGUAAAUAAAAAC